UUUUCUUUCCCCUUCGUCUUGACUUCCCUCUAACAAAUGUUGGAGAGAACUGCAGUAGUACUGGUUAGGAGUAGGAGUAAUAGUUGGAGUAGUACUUGGUGUAAAGAUAUCCUGGAAAAGUAGGACAAAACAAGAGGGAUUCGUGUGUUUGAUCGAUCAGCAUGAGCUCCAGACCCUUGAAAAAGAAUCAAGGAGGUAUACAAAAACAGCCGUCUUCUAGUCCAAGUGUGGGCCAAGAGGACACACAAUGAAUGUGUCCGCCGUGUUUAACGAUACGAAGGAUCCCGUCCCAUCCGGCAGACUUUGGUCCGGCUCAUUUGACACAAGCGGGGCUGAAAACCCGCAUCUGAGUAGCUACGCUCAUUAUCACGGACCCAAGGUUGUGUACCAUGACCGGCGAAGUGAGAUUGCGAGUCGACCUUCCAGCCUUCGACUUUUAUCAGGGACUAACGAUCGGGCUUGGGAUCUUACUGGAAGCACCUUACCUUAUCAUCGAGAGGCCUGGAACAGCGAAACCAAGGCUUCGUAUGAUGGACGAAUGCACCAACGGCAUGUACCCAGUGCAAUCCAUCGCGUCAUUUCCAACAUGGACAACCAGGAGGCCAUCUUUGGAAAAACCAAUCGCCAGCUCAAAUUUAGAGAUGUGAAUGAUAAUCAGCAUCUCGCCUUAUCAGCGUUCCAAGAUCGGGACAACUACCAGACCACUUAUCAUAAGGAUCACCGGUCCUUUUCCCGGGAUGAGCAAUUAGCAGCCACAUUUUGGAGCCAUGAGCGCGUGCAACGUCCUUGGCUUCAGCUAAAUCCCGCCAUUACCACGGGCACCAACUUCAAGCUCCAGCACCGCGAGCCAACCCUCAAAGAUGAGAAUCGCAUCCAUCCCACGGAAGCUCAGCUGAGCACGUUGCCCCAUUACCUCCAGCCUUUGUUGAGCUUGGAGAAGAGCGAAAUCCAGACCUCUUAUCAAAACCCAUUUAGAGCGCCUACUUUCUACUUUGACGAGACGAACCGACGGAGGCAAGACACACCCGAUCAUUUGCAAAAAACAUUCAUUGCAUGAAAAAAGUUUGCCUCUUUACCAUGACGAUGCAGUGAGUAAGGCCAAUACACAUAAUCUUGCCACUCCGAUGAAGAUCAUUCCAUAUAGUGCAUGUUAUCAAAAUAGCAAUUGGCAUUUGAUGAAAGCCAAAUUGAUUCUUGUUCAUGUCCUGGAUUGACGUACAAGUGACUUGACAUUUCAAAAUCAAAGGAUACCAAUGUCAUGUU